AUGUUGUUCAUUAACACGCUCAGAUCUGUAAGAGCCAAAUCUGGACCUGGCUUCAAAGGCAUUUGCAAGAACUUCUCAAGGUCACAAGGUCAUGGUUUCAUUCGCCCCUCCCAUGGAGGAGAAGACAUAUUUGUUCACAUCUCAGAUAUUGAGGGGGAAUAUGUGCCAAUGGAGGGGGAUGAGGUGACCUACAAAGUGUGUCCUGUUCCUCCCAAGAACAUAAAGUUCCAAGCCGUUGAUGUGGUCAUCACCAACCUGUCUUCCGGAAGGAAGCAUGAGACCUGGUCUGGGCAAGUUAUCAGCUCCUAGCUCACACAUUCAGAGCCCAACAGAAGAAUAAAGGCAGAGAGGGAGAGAUAAAGGAAGGGUUUAACUUGAGGUGCUAAUGUUGGCGUAAAAUGGUGUUGUGUGUAAGUAAGAUAGGGAUGGAAUAGCAAUUAGGUUUAUGCAACUGUUGUUUUCUCCAGUCUGGCAAAUAAGCAACAGGAAGUUGGUGAGAAGUCAGACGCAAGUCAGCUGAGCUUUAAUAUAGCAUUGGCAGAACAUAACAUAACUGUGAAACAAAAAGCAGCAGUGUUUCCCUUGUUUGAAAUUGUGUCCUUUAUAUGUAAUUAAUUGUGUAUUUAUUUUCACUUUAUGUACAGAGACAUUUGAGUUCAUUGUGAUGUGUAUGGUCAAGUCAUUUAUGUAAAACCGAUUUCCUAAAAUAAAUAAAUGCACAUCAAUGGAAACUUCCAUUUCUUUAAUUGUGAUUGAUAGGACUGAUAUUAGUUUUCUGUAAGAAAGCUACAAAUCCCAGUAGUUCAUUUUGUCAAGAACAAUGCUUCUUAUG